AUGAGGAGUUCCUGCAGAGCCGGCCUCCACAGGGACCCGCUCAGCGCGCCGGCUGCGCCCUUCCUGCAAGCGAAACGGGUUUCUGGGAUGCACUUAAAGCCAUAUCUCAAGUUACAGAAGAAAGAGCGAUCGCCAGAACUAAGCCAGGAUUCCCUGCGAAGUCCACCUAUGAGCCAUCAAAGAGCCACACAGGAAGAAAAAUACACUAACAACUGCACAAAACUGAGCCCUUUCCCCAAACCCUCCCUCGUGCCUCCGUCUCGAAAGCUUCUGGGAAUUAUUUAUCCGAAUACUAUGUGCAAUAUGAACGGGAAGGCUCCCGCAGACGCUCCGAGUGCCAGGGAGAAGAAGGGCGGCCUGUCCGCCACCAUCCACCAGGGAGAGGAGGGCGAAGGCCCGCUGGACGUGUGGGCCGUCGUGAAGCCGGGCAACACCAAGGAGAAAAUCGCGUUCUUCGCAGCCCAGCAGUGCAGCGGCGGCGGCCGCUUCGGCUCCAUGAAGAUCAAGAGCACGUGGGACAUCGACGGGAGAGCGGCGAAACGCCGGAAAAAAUCGGUGGAUCUGAAAAAAGCCCGGCUGCAGCUGGAGCGCGUGCGGGAGGCGAGCGCGCGCUGCGCCCCGCCGGAGCCCUUCGCCUGCUUCCCCGCCCCCUCCUGCCUGAAACGGCAGGUCUCGCACGACCUCCUGGAGACCAGGUUCAAGAUCCAGCAGCUCCUGGAGCCGCAGCAGUACAUGGCCUUCCUGCCGCACCACAUCAUCGUGAAGAUCUUCGGGCUGCUGCCCACGCGGAGCCUGGUGGCGCUCAAAUGCACUUGCUACUACUUCAAGUUCCUCAUCGAGUACUACAACAUCCGGCCGGCCGAUUCCCGCUGGGUGCGCGACCCGCGCUACCGCGAGGACCCCUGCAAGCAGUGCAAGAAGAAGUACGUGAAGGGGGACGUGUCGCUGUGCCGCUGGCACCCCAAGCCCUACUGCCAGGCGCUGCCCUACGGCCCGGGCUACUGGAUGUGCUGCCACCGCUCGCAGAAGGGCAUCCCGGGCUGCAAGCUGGGCCUGCACGACAACCACUGGGUUCCUGCCUGCCACAGCUUCAACCGGGCGCUGCACAAGAAGGCGCGAGGAGCGGGAGGCGACGCGGAGGACGAGUACUAG